UCCUUGCCCUCCCUCCUUCCUUCCCUCCUCCCCCUCCGGCUCAGGUUGCAGCUUCUCUCCCGAGCCGCUCACCUUUCCCAAGCAGGGAAGCCGCCGCCGCCGUGCCAGGGCGGGGAGAGCAGCUGGACGCCGGGCACUGAGUUCCCUGGACCUCCUCCUCCCGUCCUCCUCCACCCACUCCCCCCUCGCAGACAGGGAGCCGGAGCCCGAGCCGGGGCGCGGGGCGCGGAGCGGAUCCAGCUGCCAGGGGCCCCAGCUGACCAUGAAUAAGAUGAAGAAUUUCAAGCGUCGCUUCUCGCUCUCAGUGCCCCGGACAGAGACCAUAGAGGAAUCUCUAGCUGAAUUCACCGAGCAGUUCAACCAACUUAACAGCCGACGGAGCGAAAACCUGGCCCAAGGGCACCUGCAGCUUGGCCCUCUAGUAGGAGACUUCCAGCCUGAGCCCAGUGCCAUCUCGCCAUCAGAGGAGGAUGGGGACAGCCAAGGCCAGUCCUCCCCUGGCAUUCGUUACCGAAAACACAACCAGCGUCGCUUCUCCAUGGAGGAUGUCAGCAAACGGCUCUCCCUGCCCAUGGACAUCCGUCUGCCGCCCGAGUUUCUGCAGAAGCUGCAGCUGGAGAGCCCAGAACUCCCGAAGCCUCUGAGCAGAAUGUCCCGCCGGGCAUCCCUAUCCGAUAUCGGUUUUGGAAAACUGGAAACUUACGUGAAACUGGACAAGUUAGCUCCCUUCCUAACUGUUCCCCACAGGGGUGUGGGCUGCAUCCACUAUGAGAUGGCCACUGGAAGGCCCAUGUUCCCUGGCUCCACUGUCAAAGAAGAAUUGCACCUUAUCUUCCGCCUACUUGGAACCCCCACGGAAGAGAGCUGGCCAGGAGUGACAUCCCUCCCUGAGUUCCGAGCCUACAACUUCCCCCCAUACAAACCUCAGCCGCUCAUCAACAAUGCCCCCAGGUUGGACACAGAUGGCAUUGACCUACUUACCAGUCUCCUCCUGUAUGAAGCCAAGAGCCGGAUCUCAGCAGAGGAAGCCCUGAGACACUCUUACUUUGGGCCCCUGGGGGAACGUGUGCACCAACUCCCUGACACUGCCUCCAUCUUCUCUCUAAAGGAAAUUCAGCUCCAGAAGGAUCCAGGUUACCGGGGCUUAUCCUUCCAGCAGACAGGCAGAGGGAAGAACCGGAGACAAAGCAUCUUCUGAGCUAGACGUCCCUGUCCCCCCACCACAGGCCACAAAAGUGAUGACACCCCCAACACAGUUGUCCAGGGCUGGGUUUGGGGGCCUAGAGUUGCCUAGAGGGUUGGGGGCCCCAGCUGAAUGGGAGGGAAGCCCAUUGGCCCUGUUGGCUGCUGGUGUGUCCCCUGUUCUCCCCUCGCAAACCUCUCCCGGGGGCUCUGAUCCCUAGCUCCCCACCACCUUCUCCCCAGCCCCUGGGGCUUGAGCACCAUGCUUUGUAACCCCAGCUCCAGCCUGGCAGGCCAAGCUAGGAAAGGAGGCAAGAAAGAGUGGACCAGGAUUCUUCCAUCUGUGCUCAGGCUGGGGGAAGAUGGAAUAGCCCAAAUGGAGAAAGAUGGCACUGGCUGGCUCGUGUUCCCUGCCUCUCCAGGGUCAGAGGCUCCUUCGCACAAGGCCUCUCUGGCCAAGCAGAGCUUGGCUGAUACCCUGACAUCGGCAGGGCCAACUGUAUGCACACCCCUGCUGGCUCAUUGGCACCUUCCUCACCAGCCUCUGUGGGAGGCCGGCAAAAGCUUCCCUUAAUCCCUGACAGCUUUGUUUCUUUUAUUCCCUUACAGUUAGAGAAAGGGUGUUCUAAGCUUCCCAGGACCCUCCAAUCCUGGGCACUUGUCUCUGUGCCAAAGGUCCUUGUCCCCUAACCUCCACCAGCUUCUCUCUCCAGCCUGGGGGGAGUCGGUGCCCGCCAGCCUGACAAGAGGGUUUUUAGUGCCUGGGUACCCCCAGAAACCCCCAUCCUCCUUACCACAUCCCCCACUACCGCUGGGCUCUGUUAGCUCUGCCUCCAAGGUUGUUUGCUGCCCCCCUUCUGGUAGCCCUAUCACCCUGACACAGCUGCCCCCCUUCUGGUAGCCCUAUCACCCUGACACUGGAUGGCACCUCCCUCUAAUACCAAAUAUGGCCAGAGGCUACCCUGGUGUUGCCUGUUUCUUCCUGCCCUCUCUACCCCAGCCCCACUCAGUUUGAAUGGAAUUUCCUUAGACUGAAGGAUGGGAGAGAGCUUAUUGUUCCUAGGAAGUCUCUCUCUACUGGCCCUGGCUCCUGUGGGCCAUCCCUCACCUUCCCUUCUCAACAGCCCUAUAUUCAGCAUCAGAAUAUGAGUGUCUGAUCCUGCCUGCCCCUUACUUCAUGUCUGCUGACAGAGGGUAGGGCAGGAAGACAUCAGGAUAAUCUCGGUUGCCGUGUCCCUCCUGGGCCAUCACCCCUGUCUAGCUCAUUGUCUACCUUACAAUAUGUGGCCCUAGCACCGAACCAACUAUGAGUGCUCUGCUGUCCCUAAGCCCCUGACCAUCCUCGGUGUACCAGGCUCCCCAGAGGGACGGUCAUGGGCAGGGAGUGGACACACGGGGCCAGUAUAAAAGCUACAGUCGUGAGAGGAAUCUGGAUUUUGCUGAUUUGGGACUAGUUUCUUUGAAGGCAUCCUGCCUCUUCUUUCCAACACCUCCCUGCCUCCAAGGCCAAUUGUUCCCCCUAUCCAGCCCCCCACCCCUUCCCUGCAAAAGCAAUCUACACUUAGAACCUUUUUUUAGAAAAGGUAAAUGAACCCUGUGCCAGGGAUGCUUUAUCUUCCUCUUGCUUGCCCCAUUUCCCCAGCCCAUAAUUCUCUGCAGGAACAUACUUUGUGUCAUCCCACCUCUGUGUCAUGUGAGGCAUUGAGAACCACCUUCUGUAUCCCUGAAUCCCCAUCCCCAACCCCCUGAUCCACCAAAGGACCAAUCCCUUUGAGCCAUGUUUCUCCUGCCUUGCUUCUCCCCAGGGAGAGGACCUGGGAGCUACCCUUUCCAACUCCCUCCUUCAACUGUACUGUGAAUGUCCUGUCUCCUGUCCUGUGACUCAGUGCAAAGACAGAUAAUCUAUUUAACUCAUUGUCCAAAAAGAAGCAAACAAUCCCUUGAAGACGAGGUGAUUUUUCAGCAGGUUGAUUCCAAAGAAAGGGGAAAGGUGUGCUAGUGUGUGAAGAGUAUGGGUGAGUGUCAGGAUCUAUGCAGGCAUUAUUGUCUUUUUUUUUUUAAUGAAGAGAGAGUUUGAUUUUUGUACUCCCCAAGGCUGCUUCUUUGAGGUUCCCUGACACAUUGCCCAGAUGUAUUGUGAAUGCAACCAAGUAAAGGGCCAGAAAUAAAUCAUCAAGUCUGGAGCAGGUGUGAUGGUUUGGGGAAUUGGAAAGCAAGAAGCAACAGGUUCUGGGUUCGCUGCUCAUCAGAUCUGGACCAUUCAUUUAUUCAGCACCAAUUUUGUGAAAGGAUUGUGUUAGGGAAGAUUCUGGACUUACAGGGACUUUUCAGUCUGUUACAAGGGGAAAGACAUACUAGUCUGUGAUACUAGGAAGGAUGGAUCAUAGAGGACCUAAAAACCAACCCCAUCAUUUUAUAGCACAGGAAAUUGGGACCUGGAAGAACUUAAAUAAUUUGCCCAAGAUCAUAGAGGUCAUAAAAUGUCAAAACUGGGAUUUGAGCCUAGGUCCUCAGACACCAGAACUUUUUUUUUUUUUUGCAGGGGGAAUUUUAAAAAUGUUAUACACAUGACAAGUUUUACACCAAAUGGUUAAAUAGUAUAAAUUUACAUUCAGGAGGAAUUUUUUUUUUUAAUUCAGCUAAACCCCCCAAAUGGAAAGAAAGACUGGCUUUUUCCUGUGACCCACAAAUCCUGGCAUUUUUACAGUGAGCGGGAUUUUUUAAAAAAUCCAACCCUCUCUUAACAGAAUGAUUUGGUUAUAUGAAAAAAUACUACAUAUAUUCUUGGAAUAAAUGUUUAUUAAGUUGGUACAACGCUGUUAACUAGGUACUGGGGAUAUCAAGAUAAAAAAUUAAACAGUUCA